UUAAUCGUCCCAAAGAAAAAGCAUAAAAGCAUAAAUGUAUUUACAGUUAACAAACAGAAACAACUAUAACAGCAGCAUAAGGUGUAGCGCCUUCAAUUUAGCGCAACCAGAAGUGCCAAUAACAACAACAGCAAUCUCUAAUCCGCAAUCAACUCGACACCGUCGCUUGCUUGUCGCGACAUGUUUGAUAAGGCGGGCAAUGAAAAACAAUCAAGCUAUAAACAUAACAUAACAAUGCAACACGCUAUCACUGGGCUAUCAUAAACGGGAUUGGGUUUGGCUUCUUUAUCAGCGUCUACUGUCAAUCACUCGAGCUAUUAUAUUAAUCAAUUUAUCAAUAGUAGCGAGCGGGGGCCAGCUGAAGAGCGAAGUGUGGGAGCGGACGAUGAACAAUCUCGUGCAGGAUAUACAAAACAAAUACUCAUUUCUGGACAAUCUAUUCAGUCACGUAUGGAAAUGCAUUAUUCGAUCGAAUUUAAAGCUAAAGCUACAAUUGCGCAGUAUUCAAUGGAAGAAUGCAAAAGCCAAGCCCGGCUGUGCCUACCAGCCGACAGAGAUCGAGCAGGUGGCUAACGUUAUAACUCAUGGUAUUUGGAUAGUACCCGCCGUGUUUGCAGUCAUAAAGCUCUUCGAGCGCUCGAACAGCUCUAGCCAGUAUCUGGUGUCCUGGGUCUAUGGAACCACGCUCUGCAUGCUGUUCACAGUUUCCACAUUUUUUCACUGUUCUUGUUACUGUGCCGAACACAAGCCCCCCAAAAACUAUGAUGCUUGGCCCGCGUUUGGCUGGAAAACGUAUCAGAGUCUCAAAAAUGUUUUGCAUCGAUGCGAUCGUGCCAUGAUUUAUGUUUUUAUUGCCGGCUCAUAUUUUCCCUGGCUGACGCUAGAGAAUACCGACCAAUCGGCCAUACUGUUUUGCAUGGAAUGGAUUAUUUGGCUAAUGGCGGCCGUUGGGAUUGCUUAUCAACAGCUUUACCACGAACGCUACAAAUGCCUGGAGACAUUCUUUUAUAUUGUAAUGGGUCUGGGACCAGCGCUAGUUGUAAUGCUUACCGGACAUCAUUUUAAUGGCAUGAUGCAGCUCAAAUUUGGCGGUGCCUUCUAUAUAUUGGGCAUUAUCUUUUUUAAGUCAGAUGGUUUGAUUCCCAUGGCGCACGCCAUUUGGCAUCUCUUUGUGGUGCUCGCCGCCGGCUGUCAUUAUUAUGCGAUUUUAGUAAACCUGUAUCCAAAUGACUCCAAUAAUUUACAAACUAGUAGCUAAGUAUAGCCGAAGUCGACGUGAAGCUUAUGGCUGUAAGAACAUUAUCGUUUAACGUACUUAACUGAGCCACGGAUUCAUCAAUAGAUAAUUGUGACCCACAGAAUUUUAAGUUAGUGAUUUUAUUUUUAUUGUAUAAUUUUGAGCCAGCCAGAAUGUAUUCCUUCCUACCUACCACCCAUAUAUAUCACUGCUCCAAAAUUAGCCAAAUUUUGUACAAAGUAUAUAGAUUUAUUUAGUUUUAUGCUUUACUUAUGUUCAUCAAACGGAUUUAUGUACCAUAGUUGUAGUUGUAGAAUAUUAGACAAUUUGUUAGAAUAAGGCAACGGAUUCUUAAGAUAAUCGAUAAAAGAAAACGUUUAUUGUGAUCAAUAUCUGCGAUCUUGCCAACGAAUCAAACAAAGGUAUGAACUCUCAAUUCGUGUGCAAAUGAUCAUGGUAAUUGCGGUGUAUAGUGCGAUCCUUGUUUUAGGUAGACCAAGCAGGUAUAUACAUAUAUAUAUAUUUUGUGUAACUAAUAUAGAAUAUUUUAUAAUACACUUAUAAUACGAUACGCUAUACUAACGUAUGACAAGCUCACAUUAGGCCAUGUGUUUCUUAAAGACUAACAAAUUGUACAAAAUCUAAUAGUAGAGCAUGUCGAUUAAAUUCAACGCCUUUCAAAAUA